UCAUCGCCUCUCUGACUCUCAGCGCUCAGAGAAGCAGUCUUUACGAACCCAGUUUUCACAUCCGGACACGUUCAGAGCCACGCGUUUCCCUCUCACCGCCUGAUAGGAUUGAGAUGUUACAUUUUAGGUUUUCCACAGUCCUGAAGGCGUUCAGCAAAGCCCCCUUGAAGCGUGCGUUUUCCUCCUGUAGACAGAAGAACUGGUCUCCGACUCUCCAGCACCGCUGCUGCUUCGGUUCUGUUGAUGUCAGAACUGGAUCUCCCCAACUGAAGGCGCUUCAUGCGGCCGCGGCGCGAAGCCGCACCGCGCCCUACGCUGCGCCAGUUCGCUCCUACUGCUUCAAAACGGAGGGCGCCGCGGUGGAUGUGGACGAACAGCUGAAGAAGGAUGGAGUCGAUGAAAGCGACAAGAGGAGAAAUCCAGGAAUUCUUCCCAGUUUGGAAGAUUUGCUCUUCUACACGGUGGCAGAGGGUCAAGAGAAAAUUCCUGCUCACAAGUUCCUCACAGCACUGAAAGCUACGGGGCUUCGCACCGGAGACCCUCGCCUGAAGGAGUGCAUGGACACGCUCAAAGAGACCCUGAAGAAGACUCCGGACGGCGUUACGCUCGACAGGCAUCUGUUCAAGAAGUGUGUCCAGAGCAACAUUGUCCUGCUCACUCAGGCCUUCCGCAAGAAGUUCGUCAUCCCCGACUUCCAGUCCUUCACCUCCCAUAUUGACCAGCUCUAUGAGAAAGCCAAAAAACUCACAGAAGGACAGGUUGCAGAUUACAUUCCCCAACUCGCCAAGUUCAGCCCUGAUCUGUGGGCCGUCUCUUUGUGCACGGUGGAUGGACAAAGACACACAGUGGGAGACACAAAGGUGCCCUUCUGUCUGCAGUCGUGCAUUAAACCUCUGAAGUACGCCGUGGCCGUGCACGACCACGCCACAGAGUACGUGCACAGCUUCAUUGGGAAGGAGCCGAGCGGCCUUCGCUUCAAUAAGCUCUUCCUGAAUGAUGAAGAUAAACCCCACAACCCCAUGGUGAACGCUGGAGCUAUAGUUUGUACUUCACUGAUACAGCAACAUGCCAGCAACGCUGAGAAAUUUGACUAUGUCAUGAACUUCCUGAAAAAAAUGUCUGGAAACGAGUAUGUGGGCUUCAGCAACGCCACGUUCCAGUCGGAGCGUGAGUCGGGCGACAGGAAUUUUGCCAUUGGCUACUACCUUAAAGAAAAAAAGUGCUUCCCAGAAGGAACAGACAUGACGUCUGUGCUGGACCUCUACUUUCAGCUGUGCUCCAUCGAGGUGACCUGUGAGAGCGCCAGCGUCAUGGCAGCAACCCUGGCAAAUGGCGGCAUCUGUCCGAUCACGGGCGAGCGCGUCCUAAGCCCGGAGGCGGUUAGGAACACGCUGAGUCUGAUGCACUCCUGCGGCAUGUACGACUUCUCCGGACAGUUUGCUUUCCAUGUCGGACUACCAGCCAAGUCUGGCGUAGCGGGGGGGAUCCUGCUGGUCGUCCCCAACGUGAUGGGCAUCAUGUGCUGGUCGCCUCCACUCGACAAGCUGGGCAACUCGGUCCGAGGAAUCCAGUUCUGCACGGGCCUGGUGGAGCUGUUUAACUUUCACAACUACGAUAACCUGCGGCACUUUGCCAAGAAGCACGAUCCCCGCAGAGAGGGAGGUGACCAGAGGGUGAAGUCGGUCAUCAAUCUGCUGUUUGCUGCUUACACAGGAGACGUCUCUGCCCUGAGGAGGUUUGCGCUGUCGUCUGUGGACAUGGAGCAGAGGGACUACGACUCCAGGACUGCUCUUCAUGUGGCAGCAGCUGAAGGACACAUUGAUGUGGUCCGCUUCCUGCUGGAGGCUUGCAAGGUGAAUCCAGUGCCCAAAGACAGAUGGGGGAACACACCGAUAGAUGAAGCCAUGCACUUUGGGCACCAUAACGUGGUCACCCUACUGAAGCAUCAUCAGGACAAGUACAGUCCACCUGCUGCUCCUGAUGAGAAGACGGGUGAGAAGAACCUGGACAGCCUUUUGUAGACCUGCUGCUGUCCUCUACGGGUUUCCACACUCCAGAGCAGGACUCAGGCACCUGAAACAUGUGAUGAGUUAGUUCUGCUUUGUAUUUCUGACCAUAUGUGUGUGUGUGUGUGUGUGUGUGUGUGCGCGCGCGUGCGUGCGUGCGUGCGUGUGUGUGUGUGUGAGCAGCUUGCUUAUAUCUGAUGUAUACAGUUACAUUUGAUCAGUUUAAGACUAUACAGCCUCAGAAAACCGAUCAUAUCAAAGACUCUUGGUUUUGUUAGUUGGAUUAUAAUCCCUCUGUGUUUAGUUUGUAAAACGUUGUGAUGUGUUGAAUUUCUGCUGUAAACUGUGAAUGUUUCUCUGCAGCUUCUCGACUUUACCAGCUCUGUAAUCUGAAUGGUUAUUUAUUGAUUGUUGACUAAACAGGUGCAGGUUUAAUUCCCUGAUGCCUGACAAUGUUUGUAUUCUGAAUGUAUUUCAUAGUGGCAGCAUAAAAAACUCCAUGUAGUUAUUUUACAUGAAUUCUUUUGAAGGUUGUGUAAUUUAAUGCAUUUGAGAUAAAGUAGUGUUUUUUGUUUGAA